UGUAAGAUCGAUUUAAAAAAUCGAGAAUGAAUACAAAAGAAUCGAUUCUUUGAAAGAUCGAUUCAAGAUUGCUCAUCCCUAGUUGUUGGUGCAGUCAGUGCGCAUUAUGCGCGAAAUAGAAUUUAUCUGUGUAGUAGAUUUCAUUUUUAACAUCUCUUGAAAACCGCUUUAAUUUUUUUAUGUGUGUCGAGAAAUAUAUAUCGUAAUGGAUGUAAAACAAAAAAUUAUUCAAAAGUUUAACGAACAGUUGGGGUCGAAUUUAAAAAAUCUUGAAGGAAUCUAUGAUUUUCAAGAAUGGCUCAAGACGGAAAAAGAUGAAAUUGAAAAAUCAUUAUCGAUGGCAUCAACUACUACUCCCUCAAAAGUGAAAGCAGUGAUUGAGAAUGUAGAACAUGUUAGUUAUGAAGUUGAACAACUGCAGAAAACCUGCAUAGAUCUGAAAAAGAAGAUUAAAGAGACAUUUAAUGAGAAUGAUACAAAUUUAGAGCUGCAAGAAGUUAUUGAUAAAAUAGGCCAGCUAGAUAAAUCAUUAUCCUAUUUGUACUUUAUAAGAUACAUAGAAAAUAUUAGUGACAAAAUAGAAGCAUUCUUAUCAUCUGGCGACGAUGAGUCUACAAUAACUCUGUAUACAAAUCUAACAAACAUCAGCUGCCAAUUGCAAACAUCUGUUUGUCAUUAUCUGAUCAAUUAUGUUCAUGAGACUUUACAUUUUUGGCAUAAUAUAAUUAAGGAGAAAUUAUCAAAAUGUAAUACUUACAGGGAAUAUAAUGAUUUAUUGAAGAUAUUAAAAUGGCCUUUCUGUGGAAGUAACGCCACUUCAUUAAAUAUAUCUUUGCCAGAAACAAUGACAAGAUUUAAGAUAUUAAUUGAAUAUCUUUUUCACCUGCAAUUACCAGAAGAAAUGAUAAAACCUGUAGUAACAUCUGUGUUAUUAACAGAUUUUGCGCCAAUCAGUUUACCAAUUAUUCUUUUAGUACGUCCUCUUCGACAGAGGUUUAUUUAUCAUUUUACAGGAGCUAAAUUGACGAAUCGUCAAGAUAAGCCAGAAUGGUUUUUUACACAAAUAUUAACAUGGAUUAAAGACCAUGUUAAGUGGAUACAAAAAAAUAUUCAACCUAUAGCUGAUUCUAUAGGUUUUGAACAUUUGGAUACAAAGGCCGAAUUUAUGCGCGCUUUAGUUCAGUUAGCCGUUGAGAAACUUCAUUCCGAAUUGGCCAUAGUACAAUAUGAUGACACUUUAUUUGCACAUUUGAUUGAUGAAACUUUAGGAUUUGAAAGAGAGCUACGAGAGACUUUGUUGUAUCCUCAAACACAACCAGCUACUGUUUUUGUUCUCACACAAGCCCAUAUUUUUGUUAAAUGGAUAAACAUGGAGAAAAAAUAUGCAACUGAAAAAAUGGAUGCAAUAUUAAGCUCAAGUACAGCGUGGGAAAGACUGACAGGACCUGACAUGGAUGAUAUGAAAGUUACUGAAUGUGCAGAUGCCUUCCUCACACUUCUCACUACGAUUUCUGAUAGAUAUAAACACUUGCCUCAACCUGGACAUAGAUUACAGUUUCUUGAAUUGCAAUUGGAAUUGAUUGAUGAUUGGCGUGUACGAUUGUUGCAAUUAUUACACGAGAAUUACGAAGACCCGUUAACAUCGCUUAUGCCACAUAUUCUCAAUACGCUACAUUAUGUCGCGACUGUCUUGGAAGAAUGGGGUGUAACUGUUCAUUUCUUGCAACUACAAUUCUUCAAGAAGCAAUUCGAAACUGUAGAGAGUGCCACUGACAAAGGUAACGACACUAGUGAAAGUAUUGGAGAAGUAGAGGGAACUGUCUUCGAUGAAGCUGUAGUUCUCUUACAACGAUUAGAGAAGGAAUUGAUAAAUGAGAUCAGUGAUUCGGUAGCUUUAGAUGUAAAGGCAAAAAGUAGACCUUAUAGGACAGACAAAUGGUUUGCAAUGCAAUCUUCUAAAGAAGUCGCUUCAUUAUCGGUAACAUCAAGUGGUUGUCCUAUGUUCCAAGAGUUAGCUAUGCGUCUCCACAUAUUGCAUAAUGUUCUUGCCCUGCCGUUGUUUAAUCAAGCUUGGAAAAAUUUAGCAGCUCAAUUUGAUCAAUUUCUGUUCGAAGAAGUUGUGCUAGUAAAUCAUUUCAAUAAUGGCGGUGCCGAACAAUUACAGUAUGAUAUUCUGAGAAAUCUAUUUCCAUUAUUUGGCUUGUAUAUUAAUAAACCAGAAUCAUACUUUCCUUUAAUUAAGGAAGCGUGUAUACUUUUAAAUAUUUUAACGGGCUCAGCAAUAUUGCUUCAAGAAGCACUCAGUAAUAACGAUAAAAAUACAUCAGAAAUUUUAGCGGACGUUGGAGUGCACAAAAUAUCUGCUAAACUUGCUCUAAAAGUAAUAGCAACAAGGACAGACAUUAUCCAUAUAUGAGUCUUUCCUUCGAAUCUUGUAAAAAUAAAAUUUAUUGUAAAUUUUUCAUGUGUUAAAUUAGAUAUAUUUUUCUAUUUUUUCUCUUUAAAUAUUUAAUAAUAGUUUAAUCGUGUAUGUUCUGUAAAUAGCUUUUUUUAACAUAAUAGCGUAAUUACACCGUUAUCGGCGCCUAAUAACAAUAACUGAUUGAGAGGAAGAAUAGCCAUGGCAGUAAGAAUGCCUUUAAAAGCAUCAGAUUUCAAUUUGGAUGAGCUUAACGAAGCUGUCAUUUCUACAGCGGUAUAGACGCCAAUUCUAUUUGCCGUUGUACCUAUCACUAAUGCCUGUUCGUGCAUUGCCAUACAAUGAAUAGGUUCUGUUGCACCUCUGAAAAUUAAUAAAAAGCAAUUGUAAAUUACA